GAAAAGGGCGUUUCAUACUGAAGCACUCAAGCACACCUGGAAAAGGUAGAGAAAAAAAAUAUUUUAUUGGGGAGUUGGGACAGCCAAUAAAAAACCGUAUUGUGUUGGCUGACUCUGACCCCUUCCAUUCCAAGCAGUGCAAGCGUUGAUAACUAUUACACACUGGGAAUCAAUAACCGGAAAUUCGUUGAUUCUCUCUAUUACACACUCUUCUCUCUCUCUCUCUCUCUCUCUUACUGUGUCUUUUGAGUUUCUUCCUUCUUGUUCCUCUCUGAGUUCUCAACCAAACUCAAGAAAUGGCGUUUCAGAAGAUAAGGGUUGACAACCCCAUCGUUGAAAUGGACGGAGAUGAAAUGACUCGGGUAAUUUGGAAGCUGAUAAAAAAUAAGCUUAUUUUCCCUUAUUUGGAGCUCGAUAUUAAGUAUUUUGACCUAGGACUUCCUCAUCGGGAUGCCACUAAUGACAGAGUUACCAUCGAAAGUGCUGAAGCUACACUCAAGUAUAAUGUAGCAAUCAAAUGUGCAACUAUAACUCCUGACGAAGCUCGUGUCAAGGAGUUCAACUUAAAGCAAAUGUGGAGAAGUCCAAAUGGAACAAUCCGAAACAUUUUAAAUGGUACGGUUUUUAGAGAGCCAAUCAUCUGUAAAAACAUUCCGCGUCUUGUUUCAGGCUGGACAAAGCCAAUAUGCAUUGGAAGGCAUGCUUUUGGAGACCAAUAUCGGGCAACUGAUAUUGUUGUAAAGGGCCCAGGAAAGCUGAAACUGAUGUUCGUACCCAAUGGACAUGGAGAACAUAAAGAUUUAGAAGUCUAUAAUUUUACUGGUGCUGGAGGUGUAGCUUUGUCAAUGUAUAAUACUGAUGAGUCCAUCCGAGCUUUUGCUGAGGCAUCGAUGAACAUUGCGCACCAGAAAAAAUGGCCACUCUAUCUUAGCACUAAAAAUACCAUUUUAAAAAAAUAUGAUGGAAGAUUCAAGGACAUUUUUCAGGAAGUUUUUGACACUCAAUGGAGGCACAAGUUCAAAGAGGCUGGGAUAUGGUAUGAACAUCGUCUCAUAGAUGAUAUGGUUGCCUAUGCUCUUAAAAGUGAUGGAGGGUAUGUAUGGGCCUGCAAGAAUUAUGAUGGGGAUGUGCAGAGUGAUUUCUUGGCUCAAGGAUUUGGUUCUCUUGGCUUGAUGACAUCAGUGCUGGUUUGCCCAGAUGGGAAAACCAUUGAAGCUGAGGCAGCACAUGGCACUGUUACCCGUCAUUACCGGGUUCAUCAGAAGGGAGGUGAAACCAGCACAAACAGUAUAGCAUCAAUUUUUGCCUGGUCUCGAGGUCUUGCGCAUAGGGCAAAGUUGGAUGGAAAUGCUAGAUUGUUGGACUUUACAGAGAAACUGGAAGCAGCUUGCAUUGAAACAGUGGAAUUGGGAAAGAUGACAAAGGAUCUUGCACUUCUUGUCCAUGGGCCUAAGGUUACUAGGUCUCACUAUCUAAAUACUGAAGAGUUCAUUGAUGCAGUAGCUGAGGAGCUGAAAACUAGAUUAUCUAUGCAGGCAAAGCUAUAAAGGUGAAGAUUUAUUAGGGCUAUGUGAUCUCCAAUAAGUUUUUACCUACAAAUAAGUUUACCUUAUUUAUGGCUAAUGCCUUUUCCAAUUUCAUUUAUACUGGUGCCUACAAAUAUCACUAAAAUAUAGCUCAGUUUGUUUGGAAAGUCAAAUAAUUCAGGGAGUAUAAUGUGUGGUGGUGCAUCAAGUUCAAGCGAAACUAUUGUAUCAUGAAUAAUCUCUUUCAAAAAUUUAGAUAGAGACGAAUAAAUAAAUUUUUUUUUAAUCUCAGUAACAAGUAUUAUCUUGCGUUA